CAGUCCUCAAGCUAUCACCACCACACGUCGUCGGUCUCGGUUACGCUGACCCUGUGGAUUCGCGUUGACAGAGUAAUUCCGAGCUCCAAACGGGUCGUCGUAUUGUCUGCCCGCCAUGGCAGAGCUCACCAGCACCAAGCUCAACGCAGAGGCGCAUCUGCUGCUCGACCAGCCGCUCCUGCGAAUGCCCUACGAACUCUCUCGCCGAAACUUCAAGAAUGCCCAGCGCCUCAUCGAACACUCCUCGACUUCCCUCACAAGCUCCCUCGCCGCAGCCACAAAGAGCGCCGCCAAGACCACCGACCCCACACCCGCCCUCGAAUCCCUCGACACCAUGAUAUCAAAGAUGCAGGGGCUGAAGCGGAAGCUAUCAAGCCUACAAGAAGAAGAGGCGAAGCUACACAAAUCCGCCAAGGCGCGACUGCAGCACCUGCACGACCUGCACCAAGUCCAGAGCCUGGUCGAUGUCAAGUACGACGAGUGGAGUCGCGUGCGUCUCAGCCGCUUGCUCGUGGACUACCUCCUGCGCGAGGGCUACGCGGACAGCGCAGCCUGUCUCGCGCGCUCCAAGGGCAUAGAAGACCUCGUCGACGUUGAUGCGUUUGUGGCAUGUCAUAAGAUCGAGCGCAGUCUGAGAGAAGGGCAGAGCACGACGCUGGCGCUCGAGUGGUGCAAGGAGCACGGCAAAGAGCUCAAGAAGGGCGGCAGCAUGCUGGAGUUCGAGCUCAGGCUGCAACAGUACAUCGAGCUGGUCCGGGCCGGGCACGAGAGCGGGGUGUCUGGCAUGGACGGCGAGUUCGCAGAGGGCGUGCGGCUCGGCGAUGGCGGAGGCGAGAUGAAGCUCAUAGAAGCCCGGGCGCACGCGAAGAAGCAUCUCAGCGGGAGCGGGGACUUUGCGCUGCUCGGCCGCGCAGCAGGACUGCUAGCCUACCGGCCCUGGGACGAAGUCGAGCCCUACGCCUCCCUCUACUCCCCAGCUCGUUGGACCCACCUGGCCUCCCUCUUCCUCACAACACACCACACGCUGUACUCUCUUCCACCCCGCCCACUCCUCCACAUCGCGCUAUCCGCAGGUCUCAGCGCGCUCAAAACGCCCGCGUGCCACUCGGCAUUCACGCCCAGCGCCACAAACAGCGGCUCGUCGACCACAACCGUGUGUCCGAUCUGCAGCACGGAGCUGAACGAGCUCGCGCGCAACGUGCCGUACGCGCACCACACCAAGAGCAUCGUCGAGAACGACCCCGUCGUGCUGCCCAACGGGCGCAUCUACGGGUCGGAGAGGCUGCGGGUGUUUAACGAGAAGGUCGGGACGGAGGGGGGGUGGGUGCGGGAUCCCGUGGGGGGGAACAAGGAGGAGAUGUGGAGGGAGAGCGAGGUGCGGCGGGUGUUUGUGCUGUGAGAGUCUGUGGAUGCUGCU